UGUGUCGCACCGAGCGGACUUUAAUUAAAAGCCAACAAUUUUGAAAUGUUCUAUAGCACUUAUUGAUGUUCAAAAUUAUAACUAGAGCAUGGACUUCUAUGUCAUAGAAUAUAUAGAACUUUGACCCCUUGACAAAAAAUUAAUUUAGUCAGGAACAAAUCCCCCGACUUUCAAAAAUAUUCUAUGGAUCUUUACACGAUUCACACAUUUUCUGGCCUCAUUAGUGAUAUUCUAAAUUAUUCUGGCUCUCGAUCACUCUCGGACUGGACAGAAUUACGUUAUGCUUUACGUCGACAAUUGUUGUUAGCUAUAGACUAUGCUAAUACACUUAAACCUAUUGCUGAUUUGGCACAAGUUGAAAGGUUGUCGCUCUUGCGAGGCACUUUGUUACCCUUUACGGUCUUUGCUGUAGCCUGUCAAAGUGCUUUUGCACAUCGAAGUGAACACAUUUUGUUACCUAAUGGAUUAUUCAUUGAUGCACACACUGCUUUGGAUUUACUUUUGCCUAGGAAGGGGGCAAUGUGUCCUCCAAUGCUUCGUUGGCGAUUGGAGACUAUUCGGGCUGAAUGGAUAAAUACUUUGCAGCCUUCUCUUGAACAACUUUCUCUUAGCGAAGUAGAAUAUGUUACUUUAAAGGCAAUAAUUGCUCUCGAACCUCACACUCCAGGGCUAGGGAGAGAGACAAUACGUCUGCUUAAUGUUGCUCGAGAUUCAGUUCAGAAUGCUCUCUUUCUGCAUUUGGUAGAUCAAUGUCCACAAAUGCAGUUGGCAAUUGGACGUUUUGGAAGAUUGUUAAUGCUUGUUACGAAUAUUACGAAGAUAGCUUCACACAUUUCCAACUUGGUCCAAGCAUUUGUCGAAUAUCAACAACAACAACCAAACUUGAACACUAUAGAACCUGACAUUCUUUUAACUUUUCUAACGUUUACGCAACACAAUUCAAAUAAUUCUUUACUAAAUGGAGACGCUCGAAGACGCACCUCUGCCGCGUCUUCAAGCAGUUCAGGCACCUGUAGCAGCAACACUGACAGUCCAAUGAUGCGUGGGACAGUGUCAACACUCGCCGCUGAGGCAGCGGAAGAGGAAGAUGAUGAAGAGGAAGAUGGGGAUGAUGAAGAAGGGGAAGAGGAUGAUGAGGAGGAAUUGAGAGAUGAGGAAAUACAAAUGGAGUGA